AUGCAUGAUCCGCUUAAUCGAAAUGUCGAGUUGGCUUCGUCCGAGCAAACCACUGAAGCGACUGAUGAAAGCCAUCAAAAUAAUAUCCUGACACAGCCGGUCGCUGUCGAGACUGAGCAAAACAACAAUGAAGUAAGAGUUCAAAAGGAAAUUUCCGAGGAAGCAUCAACGUCAAGAGUACGAGAAAAUGAAUCGGUUCCAUUGUCCAAGACGCCAACUGACAUAGAGGAAAAACCACCACACACAGAGGUUGAGGUUGAGGUUGAGGUUGAAUUAAAAAAUGAGUCGGGGGUAGAUGAAAAAGUACGAGGAAAAGAAAACGAAGAGGAUGAAGAGAUUCAAUUGAUUCCUGAAAAUAAUAUGGUUCUCGUGGUCCCAGCUCUUAUUUUAUGUCUUUUUCUGGCUGCUUUGGAUAAUACAAUUGUUACCGUUGCUAUUCCUACCAUUACCCAGCAUUUUAAUGAUUCUUCCCAUUCGUUUUGGAUCAGUACUGCGUAUACUCUGGCUACCAAUGCAGUCAUGCCGGCCAUGGGUGUUCUCUCCAACAUCUUGGGACGCAAGUAUAUCUUGUAUGGAUCGGUCUUUUUGUUUAUGCUCGGUAGUGCUCUUAGUGGUGCUAGUCAAAGUAUGAUUAUGCUAAUUAUUUCACGUGCCGUUCAAGGUGCCGGAGGUGGUGGAAUUAGUUCAUUAACCAAUAUUCUUAUUUCUGAAAUCACUCCUCUAAAAACCCGUCCCAUGUACACGGUUCUCACUUCUUCGGCUUGGGGUGUCGCCCUUGCCAUUGGUCCUGUUCUCGGCGGUGUCAUUUGUCAAAAUACCACUUGGCGAUGGAUCUUCUUCAUUAAUCUUCCUGUCGGUGGCAUCGCUAUUCUUCUUAUCAUUAUCUUUUUGAGAGUCCUACCCGUAAAACGACAAUCUUUCCGUACCUUCCUUAAAACUUUUGACUUUUUUGGUCUUGCUAGCGCUAUGACCGGCGUUGUGCUUUUUCUAUUGGGUAUUUCUUUGGGAGGUGAAUCUGGCCAUUGGGCUCGUCGCGGAGUUCUGCCUUAUAUUAUCAUCGGUGGAGUUCUUGUCGUCUUUGCUAUGGUAUACGACUUUCAUACCAAGAGAAAUCCAGUACUACCUCCAGUCCUUUUUAAAAGUAUGAACGGUAUCAUCGUCAUGACCUGUUCGUUUAUUCUUUAUAUGAACGAUUAUUUAUUCGCUUACCAUGUUCCUCAAUAUUAUCAAAGAGUUCGAGGCGACGAUCCCUUAAUGUCUGGUGUUCAUUUUUUACCGGGUGCUGCCGUCUUAAUUGUCAGUUCGGCAGUCAUUGGUGCGGUGCUCAAAAGCUUUGCCUGCUUUAGGACAGUGCUCUGUAUAGGGGGCGUCGUCUGUACCGCAGGACUCGGAAGUUUAAUUUCUUUGGAUGCCUUUUCGCCAUUUUCCAAAGCUAUGGGCUUGAUUACUAUUUUUAUGUUUGGCUCUGGUUUUAUGUUUUUACCUUUACUCAUUGUCAUGCAGGCGUCUUUCCCGCCCUCUUUAACCUCAAUAGCUACUGCCACCCUGAUGUUUGUAAGAUACAUGGGAGGAGCUAUCGGUAUAACGAUAGGACAGGUAAUUUUUAGCCAAAGGGUGACUUCUGCCUUUCAUGGAGACAGCACGAUCGCGAGGUUGCCAUACGAGAGAAUCCAACAACUUUCGAAGGACAAGAGAUAUCAUAUCAAAACAACUUACGCAUCUGCUUAUAAGACUAUUUGGCUGUUUACAACUAUUGCUAUGGCCGUCGGCACGGUCGCCAUCUUCUUUAUAAAGGGGAUUUCAACGGAACAGAAGUUUAAGAAAGUACCCGCAAAAAAAGCAAAAGAAGAAAAGGUUUAA